AACUUCAUGACACUGCUGGAAUGGUGUGCGAUUCUGCUGACUGUGGGAAUGUUCUUGACCAACUUUAAUACACUGCGACUGUACAUGAGAACUGGAACAACUGGACAUGCUACAACUAUCCCAUUUGUCUGCACAUUACUCAACUGCUCACUAUGGUUUAGAUACGGUUUAUUAGUUCAACUCACUUCGUUGGUUAUCGUCAAUGCAGUUGGUAUUCUUGUUUCAAUCGUAUCGCUUUAUGUCUUUUGUAAAUACACUGACAGACAGUCUGAUGCUCAGAUUCCCAUCAUAACUGCAUUGGGCUUUCUUUAUCUUGUUUUUGUCUAUGUUCAUCUCGUCUCAGGUUCAGCUAUGCUCAAACAGUAUGGUUUUCUAACUGCCACAUUCUCCAUCUUCAUGUAUGGCGCUCCAUUGCUCUCACUGGCAAACGUGAUUCAACUCAAAUCUGCUACUGGAUUAAUCUCAUUACCCAUGACUUGCAUCUCCUUGAUUGUGUGCUGCUUAUGGACUGCUUUUGGGUAUCAGAUUCAAGACAAUUUUGUCUUGAUACCCAAUACAAUAGGUGGCAUCUUGUGUCUUUUUCAAUUGAUCGUUUUAAGAAUCUAUCCAGACGAAAAGAAUGGCUAUACAAUCCAUCAGCCAUCUUUACCCAUGUCCGAUCGUAGAUCUUACUGA